GGAGCUGCCGGCGCGGAGGCUGACGGGAUACUGACAGAGUCUCUGUAAGGAUCAGGCGAGCGGUACCGAUUGAGUUUUGUGCGGUCUGAGGGAACGAGUUAGACAGAGCCGUAGGUACUGGCCCAGCUGUUGUGUUGCUGAGGCCAACUGAGUUUCCUGUCUGCCAACAGUUAGCUCAGUAACGAUUAGGGAUUGGACCUAGGAGUUGCCUGAAGUCUGUUAACUACUGCAGAAUCUUUCUCAGCCAGCUGGGAAGCUUUGCUUCAGUCUUUGCAGUGAACAACAAAGGACCAAAGGUUGUUGUGAUCUGUGAAAUUAAAAGCCAGUAUGUCGACUGAGAAGGCAAAGUUUCCAGAUGUUGCUGGGUACGUGGGAUUUGCAAACCUUCCCAACCAGGUCCAUCGGAAAUCAGUGAAGAAAGGGUUUGAAUUCACACUGAUGGUGGUUGGUGAGUCAGGUCUUGGGAAAUCUACAUUGAUCAACAGCCUGUUUUUGACUGACCUCUACCCUGAGCGCUAUGUACCUGGAGCUGCAGAAAAGAUUGAAAGGACAGUCCAAAUUGAAGCCUCAACCGUGGAAAUUGAGGAGAGAGGAGUCAAACUUCGUCUGACAGUUGUGGACACACCAGGAUAUGGUGAUGCUAUUAACAGCCAGGAUUGCUUUAGACCCAUCAUUCAAUACAUUGACCAUCAGUUUGAACGAUAUCUUCAUGAUGAGAGUGGCCUGAACAGACGACAUAUUGUAGAUAACCGAGUCCACUGCUGUUUCUACUUCAUCUCCCCCUUCGGCCAUGGCCUGAAGCCUUUAGAUGUAGAGUUUAUGAAAGCCAUACACAGCAAAGUAAAUAUUGUUCCGGUGAUUGCCAAGGCGGACACAUUGACACUGAGGGAACGGGAGCGACUGAAGCGCAGAAUCCUUGAUGAGAUCACUGAGCAUGGUAUCAGAAUCUACCAGCUGCCAGAUGCUGACUCUGAUGAGGAUGAGGAGUUCAAGGAGCAGACCAUGAUUCUGAAGGCCAGCGUUCCCUUUGCUGUGAUUGGCUCCAACCAACUGAUUGAGGUGAAAGGUAAAAAGAUCAGAGGUCGCCUUUACCCCUGGGGCGUGGUUGAAGUGGAGAACCCAGAACACAAUGACUUUCUCAAACUACGCACAAUGUUGGUGACGCACAUGCAGGAUCUACAGGAGGUUACCCAGGAUUUGCACUACGAAAAUUUCCGUUCUGAGCGGCUGAAACGUGUUGGCAGGGAUGUGGAAGAUGAAACGGUUGACAAAGACAAGAUUCUGCUGCAGAAGGAGGCUGAGUUGCGCAGAAUGCAGGAAAUGAUUGCUCAGAUGCAGGCUCAGAUGCGAAUGAAGCCUGCAGAUAAUGGAGAUGGACACUGAGUGAUGAACCAUCUCUGCUUCUAUUUACAGGGAUAGAGUGUGAUGCAAGUUUCUUGCCAACAAACGCUCUUGAUGUCUCUUGGAUUCAAUGCUGACUGAAUGAGUUUAUCACAAAACAGAAGAGGAAAUGAUCUUCACAAACCUUGCAUGGAAUUACUUUAUCACUAUUGUAAUCACAGAUAUAUUUUCUACCUUGCCUAUUUGUACUGAUGUUACUUGAUUACGAUGGGAAUCUUUACGGUUUUUAUAUAGUUUGUAAACCUUCCUGUAUUGUUGCUACGCACGUCAAUUUUUCACAGCCACCUAACCCCUUUCCUCCAAGUGACAGAUUUUGGUGGGUUUCACAGAGCCCCUCUCAACAUCACAAAAUUGCUCAUCAAUGAGGUGAAAGUACAGCCAAUAGUACUGCCCAAUGGAAUCCCUGAAAUAAAAUAACCUAUUAGCAUUGGGUUAAACGCAGCAAAAGCAUAACCAGUAGACCAACCUUCUCUUUAAUUUGCCAACAAAGCAAAAAUAUACUGCUGACAAAGACCCAAAAUGCCAACUGAAUUAAACACCAUGAUCGUUAUCCUGCCCAGCUAAUUGGCACAGUUGCUUUGUGUCACAAGUAGUAUCCCUGCUAACAAGUUCACUGAUAAGUGAACACAGUUAAUGUUGGUAAUUCCCUUCACUGUCAUUAUUUUUUAAACCUUGAUGAAGAGCCAAAGUAAACUAAUAGUUACCCAUUUACUUGCCAAUCUGCAACAGAUGCAGCUGAAAUGCUUACUCAUGAUUUGUGGCAGUCUCAGACUAUUGUCCAGUUAUUUUACAUCAGGUUAUACGCCUCAAUUUUAGUGCCAGCAAAUGUACUUUUGCAUAAUUCUGUAAGCUGCAAUGUGAAAGCCUGUAGUUAAACCUCAUAAUACACUAUCAUAAAAGUGAGAUUAAGACAUGCCACAGAUUUCCUUAAAUGUACAGUGCACAUUAAUAUGUAGAAGUCUAGCUGUGCUGUAGGGAUAUUAACAUUUCAUACAUUUAUUAAGUGUGCAUCUUCAGUUAUUUACUUCCAUAUUUUGAUAUCUUAAGGCCUGUCCUUGCCCUAAGUUUGUGAAAGGUGCUUAUUCUUUUUAGUUUUCAGUUGUUGGCAAUCUUGCAUGGAAGUCAGGAGUUGUGAGUUCAAGCCAUAACACUCCAAGACUUGAACCUGUAAUCUAUUGCUGAUGCACCAACACACCAAGGAAAGACUGCAUUGUAGAAAAUGUCAUUGUUUGCAUUAGAUUUUGAUCUUUGGUGGCUCAAGUGAACAAUCAUGGCCUUUUCCAAGAACAAGGUGUUCUGCCAGUAUCCUGGCCAAUGGUCUUCCCUCAGUUAACUCUAGCAAUAACGAAUGACCUGUUUAUUUACCUCACUCCUGUUUGUAGCACCUUGCAGUGUGUAAAGUGGCUACCACGUCUGUUUACUUAACAACAGGUACCGCACUUCAAAUUAAUUAAUUGUCUGGGAAGUUCAUUGAGAGACUUGAGUUUUUCAGGUAUUAAAUAAAUGCACAUCUUUAUAUUUGAACAUAUUCUAAGCCAAGCGACUGAUUUGUUUUAUUAUAAUUGGCACAGUAUUUCUUUAUCAAUUUUUGAGAAUCACAUGGCACAAUGUUUUGUUUCUUUUCCACCAAAAAACACAAUUCAGUUACUUUGAUUAUAGAUUCAAACACCAAUUCAAUAAAAUCAUAUGAUUAGUAAAGUCUGCAUUAAAUGAAGCAUUUGGGUUCACUCUUUGAGUCUGAAGCUUCACUGAUUGUACAAAGAUCUGUGAUAUAAAGGAUAAUGUAUAAAUGGAACUGCACAAAAUUUAAUGGAUUUUCACACUAUACAAUAUUCAAGUUUUUUACCUGUAUUUCCACCUCCAGUUUCUACUGGAACAGUUAAAGCAAGUUUACUGGUACUGUAAAGUUCCUCCGUGAUACAGCUUUAUCAGUUCGUAGCCUUCAGCUAACAACACUGUUCAACUGGUAUGAUAAAACUGCAGAUUAUUUUUAAACUGUUAGAGAAAAGUCAUUUACUUGAUUUAUACCUGUGCAACUUCCUUUAAUGCAAUUAUUAUUUGGUUACAACGUAAUAGCUAUAACGUGCAGUUCUUUUAAAUGGUUGACUUUAACAUUAAAGGUCGUUUCAGCAGUCUAGCCAGUUCCUGUGGACAGGAACUUCCCAAACCGGCUAGCAUGCACCUCAGUUUUGAAAAUGACGAUGCUUCAAAAACACUAAAUGACUGGUUUGUCCUUCAAGGACCUUUUGAUUACAGGGUAUCACUGCCUCAGGAGUUGCCCAUUUCCAGAGAACUGACCAUCUGAGCAUGGUCAAGAUUUUUUAUAUCGGCAACAUUCCUGGUGAUGUAUGUAGCUAUGAUAUUUGCAUUAAAGUGGCUGCUGUGUUCAUUGUGUAUGAAUUGAGCAUACUACAGAAUGAGUUGUUUUCCAUUUGUGCUAGAAGGGAAAACCCUAGCCGUUUAGUUCAGUGUUUGUCAUGUCGUUUUUGUAGCCAGGCCCUGUUAUGUUCACCAAUUGCUUUAUGAUUGACAGUUACUUUACUUUCUUUUGGUAAGGGGAAUGGGAUUGGUUUUGUUUGGCUUGUUGACAAUAACCUGCCUUUAGGAGCUUUUGUUAGUAAUUUUAAACAUACUCAUAAAAAUGCUUUUAUCUUUAUACACUACAUUUGUUUUUGUAUCAGGUAGUCAAUAAUAAACUGUACAGGACUGAA